UGCAUUAAAAAAAAAAUAAUAAUAACAAAAUCUGUGAUAAGUUCACCCAACACACACAAAAGCAACGAGCAACAAAAAUUAGCUCUUUUCCGAAAAAAUAUCUAUAUGUGUAUAUACGAAAAAAAAAGUUACGAAAAGUAGUUAUAUUACCUGUACGUAUGGGUUAAUGGUGAAAACAAGUAUACAACUGAAAUUUAGCAAACGAGUUUAACGCAGCGCAAAAUUAAGUAAAACCAACGACGACGACAACGACAACCACAACAACAUUUACUGCGACAGAAGCCUAUUGAAGUGUUUCGUUUCGCGAAUUUUCCUGAAAAGUGAUUCUGAGAGUGGCAUCGUCAUUAACUUAACAUACGUUAAAGCUGACACACUGAUUUAACGCAUACUGUGACAACAAAGCAAAAUCCAUUUUGUUGUUAAAUUUUCUGUUUGUAUUUAUUUUUUUCAUCAUUGUUAAAUCGGGCGCGCAUUCAUCUGCUUGCUCAUCAUAUCGUUAAAAUAUUGCAAUUGAAUUGUUUUCUAUCGCCACCGAACGACACACGGAUUUUCCGAAAACCGACAGCGCCGAGUAAGAAAAAGAAUUUAAUUGUGAGACAAACUUUGUGUGUUGUGUGGUCAGUGCUCAUCCAAUCUGAUAAACAUUUGUCAUUGAUUUUCAGCCGUAAAAAUUUUCCGUUUUGUUCAUUGUUCAUCGUUUCGCUAUUCCUGUUAGAGCUUUAUUAUUGUUUUUCUUUCCGUUGUUGUUAAACAUUUUAAUUUUUUCGCAAUUCGUUUGAGUGUUGUUGUUUUACAAUCAACUCAAUCUUAAAUUCGACUUUGAUUUGAGCUAAUAUGAAACAGUACUUGCUAGCUAACAAAGCGAAACAGUUCAGUGCAUCCGAAUUCAAUUGACGAAACGGGCGGUAAAUAAUGUGCACAAAAAUAAAUUGAGAAAUAUGACAGUUGUUAAAUUGCAAACAUAUUUUCUAUAACGAAAAAGAAAUAUAUUGGAAUUAAAACCGUAGAGUAAACGCGACUGGGGAAGAAUAAAAAAAAGAAGAAGUUUUUUUUAUGUGCCAAAAAGUUCACAGCAAUAAAAUAAAAGUUCAUUCUAAAACUAUUUGUGAAAUUAAAUAAACGACAAAAGAGAAACACAAUAAAAGAAUAGAGAUAAAAUACCCUAGUGAAUAAAACUGACGGUCGUGUGCUUAAAAUAACGAAUAAAUUUCUUGCAUAUAUAUAUUCGCGCAUUGAUUAUUGGUUGCAAUAAGGAUAAUUUACCAUUAAAAAAAUAUCAUCAAAAUGACUGACGCCGGAUUCGUGAAAAUCGCCAUGGAUGAAUUUUACUCGCACAAUCCAAACAACUUAACCGGAUUGGUUCAACGAUAUUGGAUUAUGGUCGAAGAAGAGGUGGCAGAUCCAAGAGCAAAAUAUUAUAUGUUCAUGAAUAAUCCACUGCCAACCCUUGGAAUGGUCGUCACAUAUUUAUCAUGGGUUUUGAUCAUCGGUCCCAUUUAUAUGCGAGAUAGAAAACCAAUGGACAUUAAAAAUUUAAUUAUAUUCUAUAAUGCAUUCCAAGUAAUUUUAAGUGCAUACAUGUUCUACGAGCAUCUAGCAGCUGGCUGGUGGAGAGAUUAUAGCUUGAGUUGUCAACCUGUGGACUAUACUGAUUCAUAUCAAUCGAGAAGGAUGUUAAACUUGUGCUAUGUGUAUUAUUUGUCAAAAUUGACCGAAUUUGCGGACACAAUUUUCUUUGUACUGAAGAAAAAGAAGUCACAACUCACAUGGUUGCACUUGUAUCAUCACUCAUUGACCCCACUUGAAGCAUGGAUCUUAGUCAAAUUUUUGUCAGGUGGAAAUGCAACUUUCCCGAAUAUUUUGAAUAACUUCGUUCACAUCUGUAUGUACAGCUAUUAUAUGCUAUCAGCAAUGGGGCCUCAGUACCAAAAAUACUUGUGGUGGAAAAAGUAUAUGACCGAAUUGCAAAUUGUAAGUAAUAUUUUUGUAUAUCAAUGUCCAUGUCAAUAUUGUUGUGGUUUUUCUUCGGCACACACACACACACACGAAAACCGAAAUUGACGAAAGUUAAGGCCAAAUAAAUAUCGAAUCAAGUGUGGUAAGCGAAUUGAGCAAAGCAAUGCUUUAUGAAACAGAAGACUUGAAUGUUCGUAUACCUUCAUUUUUUCGUAGAAAAAUGUGUAAAAUUCAAAACGACGAACCUCAUUAACACACGUUUUAACGUGUAUAUUGGCGCUAUGUUUCCAGUAAAUAAAAAAAUUAUUCGAAUUAUGUGAUUAGCCACAAAAUACACUACGUUUAUAUUCUGUGUGCAAAUUGGC